CUGUGCUAGUUAGCGAGCUGCGCUAACGUGGAGCUCCCCAACCUCAUGUAGACAGAACCGGAAAUGAAAGGGGUGUGUCUGUGCCAGAAGCAGCAGCAGUGAUGGAUGGUGAAGCCCCGAGGGCGAGAGCAUCCUGGGAGAAUGGCCUCUUGGUCCCUGUUGACCGCCUCCGCACUGAGAGGGCGGACAGCCCCACUCCAGGUCUGGUGGAGGGAACUGAACCAGGUGCAGGUCAGAAGAGUGCAAUGUUCGUCCACGCACAGUCGUUCGAGGACCUGAAUGCAGAGGUUGAAAAGGACGCUUGCAGGGAUGAUGAAGUUAACAGAUCCGAAGGAGAGCGUGCAGAGGAGGAGCUCAAGGUGCUGGUGCGGGAAGAAAACAUAGAGGAGCCACCCAACAAUGCCAGUCCAUUGGAGAGCAGGCCUAAGGAGGAGGAUGUUUCCAGUGAGGCGUGGAGGAGCCACAGAAAACACGUGUUUGUGCUGAGCGAGGCUGGGAAGCCGAUCUACACCCGCUACGGCACAGAGGAGGCUCUGUCCAGCACCGUGGGGGUGAUGAUAGCCCUGGUGUCCUUCGUAGAAGCUGAGAAGAACAUCAUCCGCUCCAUCCAUGCAGAUGGCUGUAAGGUGGUUUUCCUCAGCAAGAGCCCCCUGGUUCUGGUGGGUGUGUAUCGGACAUGCCAGUCAGACAAGGAGCUGCUGCGGGAGCUGCAGUACAUCUAUUACCAGAUCGUCAGCCUGCUCACGCUCACUCAGCUCAACCACAUCUUCCAGCACAAGCAGAACUACGACCUGCGCCGCCUGCUGGCUGGCUCCGAGUAUCUCACUGACAACCUGCUGCUCCGGCUGGACAGGGACCCCGGCCUGCUGCUCAGCGCUGUCACCUGCCUGCCUCUGGCCACCUCCGCCAGGGAUGUGGUGUCAUCGAGCCUGCAGGCCGCCAAGGCCACAAACCUAGUGUUCUCCAUCCUGCUGGCGGGCGACCGGCUGGUUACGCUGAUAAGAAAAAAGGACCAGUUCCUGCACCACAUAGACUUGCACCUGGUCUUCAACCUAGUCGGCUCCUCCUCCUCCUUCCGGGAGGGUGAAGGUUGGACGCCCAUCUGCUUGCCAAAGUUUAACACUGCUGGAUUUUUCCACGCUCACAUUUCCUACCUGGAGCCUGCGUCCGAGCUCUGCCUCAUCUUGGUGUCAACAGACAGAGAGGACUUUUUUAAUAUGUCGGACUGCAAGAAGCGGUUCCUGGAGAGGUUAAGUAAGCGCAGUGCCUACCAGGCUCUGAAGGAGGCGCUAAAAUCUCCCAGUUAUUCCGUGGCACAGGUCGGCAUCCCAGAGCUCAGGCACUUCCUGUACAAAUCAAAGAGUUCGGGGCUGUACACCAGUCCAGAGUUUCCUUUGGUGUACCAGUCUGAUGAAGAGCAGGAACGGCUGAUGGGUUUGUACCAGGACCUCCACAGCUGCUUGCACCAUCCAACCAGACCACUCUCUUACUUCUACCGCUGUGGUGAAACUGAGAACCUGCUGGCAUGGGUGACCAGCGGCUUCGAGCUCUACCUCUGCUUCAGUCCGCUGGGGACCAAGGCCCUGGCGGUUUCUGCCGUCACCAAACUGCUGAAGUGGAUCAGGAAGGAAGAGGAUCGCCUCUUCAUUCUGACUCCCCUCACUUACUGAGCCCUUUGCUGCCGACUGACCUCCUGGACCACAAAGCUUUGCCCUGAACGCUGACCGGCCCGGUGCUAACAACAACUGUGGAUGAAGCAGAAGUAGUCCAGGAUCUACAUACUGUGUGAUUGUCAAAGUAAUUGAUCUCUGGCUACUGUGUUCCUCAGAUGGAAUUCACAGGUUAUGCAGAUUGUGUAAUGGAGAUAAAUUAAAGCUGUAUUUUAGCUAGCUAGAUUUUUAUACAUUUUGAUUUGACAACAGAUGAAAGUAGCCUCAGCAUCAUCAAAUAGUUUCAUAAAUUAUUAUUUUACUGGAACGGACCUAUUUUGCCACUCAGAUUUUUAAAGAUAUAAACUCUUAAAAAUCUAAAAUUAAAUUUGUAUUACCAAUACCUGCAGUACAAUGUAUUAUUACAGGACAUUUUGUUCAAAUAUGGUUGAUAACAUUCCUGUUUUUUCUGUGUUUUCGUUCUACAUGAUGACUAAUAACUGUAAAGCCCAUUGUCAUUUUAACCUCUAUGCACUUUCUUUAUGCAAAAAGCACUCUUACGAAAUGUGUUCAUGAGUCUGUAACUUGUUUUACUGCUGUCAUUUUGUCUCAAUUAAUAUGUCAGUGUAAUUUGAAUCUGUCCAGUGGCCAUUUGCAUUUUCCUUAAGGUUUAAGAAAUUUAUUAUAGACGUUUUGUGUGGUUUGUAAUUUUAAUCUGCUUAUAUGUCCAAUCAUGAAGCGUCAUAUUUUAUGGACUCUGCUUAAGAAAGCUAGCAUUGCCACAUCUGCCUCCUUGAAUCAUGCCUUAACUAAUGGUCAUUGUCAAUAUAAGGUUGUAAUAGAUCAGGCUUAGUGCUGCGGCACAUCUCAGUGAUGAUGAUUAUAUUAUUAAAUUAAUGAUAUGUAAUAAAACAGACUCCUGAUCAGA